AUGCUGGGCCGAGCCGGCCUGGGCGCGGACGCCUCGGGGACCCGCGGGCGAGGGAGGGCGCCAGCUUCCCACGUGAGGCAGAGGGCUGCGCGGCGAUUGGCGCCGUCGGGAGAGGGGGCGGGCCCGCAGGGACAGCUUCCGGUGCCGCGGUUCGGCAGCUUGUUUGGAUGCUGCCGUCACAUCAUGGCGACGCGCGGAGCGGAGGCAGCGCGCGGAGGAGGCAGCAGCGGCGGCAGCGCGGCUGCGGCGGGACGGAGCCGGCGCCACAGCCAGAGCGGCGAGGAGGCGGCGGUGACCCCGAGCGGCAGCCCGGAGCUGGGUGGCAGUGCCAUGGAAGCUGCAGCUGGAUGUGAGGAGCUGGGGCUGGAUGCCCAGGACCAGCUGGGGAGCAGCAGGUGCAGCCAGCUGCCUGCUGCAGCCCUGCAGCCUGCCCAGCCCGGCUGUUGCGGCCUGGCAAAGGCAGGAGUGGUGGAAGACGCUGAGUGCCCCACAGAGGACAGAAGGCAGCCAGUGCUCUCUUCCUGCUGCUCUCAGGACUCUCGUGAGGAGACUCCUGGGAGGGAAGAAGCUCGGACUGAUCCUCCGGAUGGCCAGCAGGACCCAGACAGUGAAAAACACAAAGAGAAAACUUUGGGGAAAGAAGUGCUAUUAUUAAUGCAAGCCUUGAACACACUCUCUACUCCAGAGGAAAAACUGGCAGCUUUGUGCAAGAAGUAUGCUGAUCUGCUGGAGGAGAGCCGGAACGUCCAAAAGCAGAUGAAGAUACUGCAGAAGAAGCAAGCACAGGUUGUGAAGGAGAAGGUCCACUUGCAGAGUGAGCACAGCAAGGCCAUCCUGGCACGCAGCAAGCUGGAAUCGCUCUGCCGAGAGCUUCAGCGGCACAACAAGACUCUGAAGGAGGAGAACCUGCAGCAGGCCCGAGAGGAGGAGGAGAGGCGGAAAGAAGCCACUGCCCACUUCCAGCUGACGCUGAACGAGAUCCAGGCGCAGCUGGAGCAGCACGACGUGCACAACGCCAAGCUGCGGCAGGAGAACAUCGAGCUGGGCGAGAAGCUCAAGAAGCUGAUCGAGCAGUAUGCACUCAGAGAAGAGCACAUUGAUAAAGUGUUCAAACAUAAAGAGCUACAGCAGCAACUGGUGGAUGCCAAACUGCAGCAAACCACCCAGCUCAUCAAAGAGGCAGAGGAAAAGCAUCAGCGGGAGAGGGAGUUUCUGCUAAAAGAAGCUACUGAAUCCAGACACAAAUGUGAACAGAUGAAGCAACAGGAAGCUCAGCUGAAGCAGCAGCUUUCCCUUUACAUGGAUAAGUUUGAGGAGUUCCAGACCACCAUGGCAAAAAGCAAUGAGCUCUUUACAACCUUCAGGCAAGAAAUGGAGAAGAUGACAAAGAAAAUUAAGAAGCUGGAGAAGGAGACCAUCGUGUGGCGUACCAAAUGGGAGAACAACAACAAGGCUCUGCUGCAGAUGGCUGAGGAGAAAACAGUUCGAGAUAAGGAGUACAAAGGCUUCCAGAUCAAGCUGGAACGGCUGGAGAAGCUGUGCAGGGCCCUGCAGACGGAGAGGAACGAGCUGAACGAGAAGGUGGAGGUGCUGAAGGAGCAGGUGUCCCUGCGGGACGCGGACGUGGACCUGGCUGUGCAGGUGCUUCAGUCCUGCAGCCUCAGCUGCCCCCCGGAGCUGGAGCCUGGCAUCCAGCCCCCGCCGGGGCCCUGCCCAGCCGGCGGCUCCCCACGGACUCUCUCCCUCAGCCCCACUCCCGCUGGCACCCAGGCUGGAGACUAA